GUGAUCCAAUUGGUGAAAAUCACGUGACACCCGCCGCUUUUGGACACAUGACACACAUGUUGAAAUCGUUGGCAGCCGGAAAAUUGGUUUUGGCUCUGGAGGGUGGAUAUAAUUUGGAUUCUAUAUCAAAUUCUGCUUUGGCAUGCGUCAAAGUUCUGCUUGGGGAACAUCCAGCUAAAUUAGGACCUAUAAAGCCUAGUCAAGAAUGUGUGGAAACUAUUUAUCAAGUCAUACGCGUUCAAUCACGAUAUUGGUCUUGCCUUAAACCAGUAUAUAUAGAUUCUACAGAAGAAAAAGUACCAGGAAAAUUGGUCAUUGAUAUAAUGGACAUGGUGAAGUUAUUUCGAACAAGAUACUUAUUUUCGAAGCUUAAGAUGGUGCCGGCUCCAUUAGCCCCAGAGCGAUUAGCUAAUCGAUUUACAGACCUA